UUCUCGUCCUUCUAGGUGAAAUAAUGUUUCGGUCAUGCCUUUGAGAUCUAUAUCGUCCAUUUAUCACCAUGAACCCACGAGCAGCUGUCACUCCUAAUAGAAACUGGAGUAGCAGUUAGAAUCAGAAGGGCCGCUUAGAAGCUACUCAUGGCAAACGUUCCGUGAUAGCUUCGCUCCCAGCCUCUUACCCAUCCGUACGCCUAUUAUCUCGUCUACCAAUCUAACCAAAGCGAGAGCCUCGCGAACACCAGGCAACAGCAUCCACGAUGGACGACUUCGACCCCCGAAACCAAACCUUCACCAUCCUCGGACACCCCAACACCUCCACCUCCCCACCCCCUCAAAUAACAAUCUCCAUGUCCAUAAUCGACGCCCAACGCAUCCGUCUGGCCAACACAUCCAUAAACUACGGCGUCCAACUCGGCCUCUGCCUCUUCUCCCUCCUAACCACCCUCCUCCUCCUGCCAACCCGUAAACUCCGGCGCCCUGUACAUUUAACCCAAGGACUAUGCCUCGUGGUAUCAGUAGUCCGCCUCGCGAUCCUAGUCCUCUAUUUCCCGGGCCCGUUGACCGAGUACUACGUCGCGUGGACGCGCGACGCGAGUGUACUUACAGACGAGGAGUACGGGUUACCGGAUGCGAGUGCGGUGUUAGGGGUUGUGCAGUUGGCGCUUGUGGAGGCGGCGUUGGCGGUGCAGAGUAGUGUUCUUGUGAGGACUUGGGGGAUGCAUUGUAAGACUAGGAAUGGAGGGAAGGGAAGUGAUGGAAGUGGUUCUUCGACGCUUGUGGGUGUUGAUACCGAGGCCUCUGUGGCUACGACGGCGACUAGGACGAGAGGUGUGAUAAGAGGGAAGUGUUGGUGGAGACCGCCGGUUAUAUGUAUGGCGGUGUUUCUUGCUGUUGCGGCUGUUGGACUAAGAGCCGUCUGGGCAGCACACUGGGUCCAAGCACUAAAAGGCCACACCCUCCCCGUACCCCUCGACAGCGUAGGAGCAGCUUCUUCAAUUGUCGGCGCAGCGUCUGUUUUCUACUUCUGCGGUAUCUUCUUCGCCCAUCUAGCACUACAUCUCGCAGCUACACGACGGAUACUUCGAAGCAAGAAAAGCAAGGGAACAAGAAAGCUCUCAAUGGCCUUGACACUUGGAGAUAAUGAGCGCGGUUUAACUUCGCUGGAGAUUUUGGCGGUUGGGAACGGCGUUCUCAUGUUAGCGCCUUGUCUCUUCGCAGGUCUCGACGUAGCCGCCGGACCAGGAAACACCAAAGUCCUCCCCUUCGAUGCCGGAUCCUGGGUCCAAACCCUAGUCGCCGCAGGUCUUCCUCUCAUCAGCAUCGCCGCGCACUACCGAGGUUCCGACUCCGCCGGAUCGCGCGUAAACUCAUUACAUAAUUCACAAUUCGGGAUGCCGAGUCCAAGCAUAAACCUAAGCCCAGAUACAAGUUCUAAUACGAGAGCGAGGAUGAUGAUUGGAGGAAGGAGGAAGAGUAGUGGUAUAAGUGGUAUUAGCGGCGGUAGUAUAAAUGGUGACGGACGAGAAAAGCGGCGUCGGCGGUCGUCACGAUUUUUCGUUCCGGGUGAGACUAGAGUAUCGUUUUCGUCCCCUUUCCGUUCCUGUCCGCCGAAUAUCUCUCCCUUCAAAACGGAGGCGGCGGAUCUAGAGACACUGGCGGGUGGAAGCAGCAAUAGAGGAGUUAGAAGUCCUCAUCUAGCAAGGACUAGUUUUGCUGUCCCACCUGAAAAGUCAGCGGAGUGGAGGGCCAGAUCGCCUACGGAUGAUAGGAAUCUCAAUGAGCUCGGUGUAGGGGACAUAGAGAUAGAGAGCGAAGGGGCAAGAGAUGGGAAGGGAGAUGAAUAUCAGGAAAGCCUAGAAAAAGAUCACUAGGUGACUCAAACCAAAUACAAAUGAUGGGAUCGGGUCCUAUAAAUAAUAUAAUGCUAUUACCACGCGUAUUCGC